AUGAAGGCUGUAGCUCUCUUCAUUUGUCUUGUAGGACCAGUUUUUGCUAUUCCAAGUGAAUAUAUUCAUCCUGAAGCCUCAGAGGAAGAGAACACAGGGUAUGUAGACAAGGGUGAUUUGCUGCCCUCUCACAGAAACUUCAAGCCAGAGGUAUCAGUACCAGGCACUGAAGACAGGGAUGAGCCCCAGUCCAUCAGGAAACAGGGAAGAGCUGGGAGUGAGCACCAAGUGAAAACCAGCCUGAAAAGCAUCGAUUUCCUUGCACUGCACAACAAAGGUUUGGCUUCUGAGAACCUGGACAGUGACUCUGGGAGCAGUGGCAGGGAACAGCCCAGCUCUGAGCACGAGCAGCUCAGGAAGCACAAGAAACACGGGAACACAGCAAACCAACACCUCCCAGGCCAUGCAGAGCACCCAGGGGUGGCUUUCAGCCUCCAUCAGGAGCAUAACAUGUGGAAAUAUAACAAAAACGCUGUUGGCCUGGCUGACAAGAACAGUGAAAGCGAGGAAGAGGAAAGCAUGGAAGAAGAGGAUGAGGAAUGGGGUGAAGAAAGUGAUUACACAAAGCACAAAGGCCAUCAGCACAAAGGUGACCGAUACAAAAGACAGCAACAUGAGAGCAGCAUGCAGUCAGAUGAACUCCUGAGAGAUUCCAGCCAAACAACCUGGAAAACCAAGAGACACAGCGAGAAAUCUGACCUAGAGGAAGAAGAGAAGGAGAACAGCAAGAAGUCAUAUAAAGAAGAAAUCCCCCUCUCUCAAAAAAACCAUAAUGAGUAUCAGGAUGGCAAACAGCAAAGCCGAGAGAGAAAAGACAAUAUCCAAGUGAACUAUCAGAGGGAUCAUGGCACAGUGGUGAAAAUACAAGAUAGGGAAGACAGUAAUGAUGAUGAUGGUCAUGACAGUGGUGAGACUGAUGGUGAGGAACUGCUCAGCAACACCUGGAAAGAAGCAGCCUAUGAGGAAGAGGAGAGAAUCCAGAGUAAUGACCAGGAGAGUGACAGCACUGAGCCUGAAGGGGAAGGAGCCACUGAAGAUGACACUGCAGCUCACAGAGAGACUGAGGAUUACCAAAUUGUCAAGAUUGAAGACCUUGCUCACUCUGAACAAGAUGAUGAUGAUCAUGAGCCACCUGAUUCUGGCAACAAGCAACAACUGAAAAUGAGUAGCUCUGUUCAGAGCAUGAAUUCAAUGGACAGUGAAGAACAGGUUAAGACUACAGGCAGUUCCCAUGGUGAGAUGGAAAAUGUCAGCAACAGGAAUGAGGAGGCUCUCCUUGGAUUGCCAGACACAUGUCGGAACUUCCACUGCAAAAGAGGCAAAGUGUGCCAUGCAGACAAACAGGGGAAACCCCACUGCCUCUGCCAAGAUCCUGCUGCUUGCCCUCCCACCAAAGACUAUGAGCAUGUUUGUGGUACGGAUAACAAGACUUAUGAUGGCACAUGUCAGCUCUUUGGCACCAAAUGCCAACUGGAAGGGACAAAAAUGGGACGCCAGCUGCACCUAGACUAUAUGGGCUCCUGCAAAUACAUCCCUCCCUGUACUGAUUAUGAAGUGGAUCAGUUUCCCCUCCGGAUGCGAGACUGGCUUAAGAACAUCCUUAUUCAAUAUUAUGAACGUGACCUCAACACUUCUGGGAUUCUAACUGAAAAGCAAAGGAAUAAGGUCAGAAAGAUCUACCAGAACGACAAGCGCCUUGCGGCUGGUGACCACCCGGUUGAGCUGCUCCUGCACGACUUUGAGAAAAAUUACCACAUGUAUGUGUAUCCUGUGCACUGGCAGUUCCACCAGCUUGAUCAGCACCCUGUUGACAGAUUAUUGACACACUCGGAGCUGGCACCCCUGAGAGCCUCCCUCGUUCCCAUGGAACACUGCAUAACCCGCUUCUUCCAAGAGUGCGACGCAGACCGGGACAAACUCAUCGCCUUGAAGGAAUGGUGCCACUGCUUUGGGAUUAAGGAAGAGGACAUAAAUGAAAAUCUCCUUUUCUGAGCAUGGAUGAACAGACUCCCAGUACUGCACUAAAAUUGGUGAAUCCUGCUUAUUUCUGUAAUUAACAGCUUAACAGCUUUCAAGAAAAAGGUGGAAUAAGGUUCACUGAAUUCUUAUUAAACAACCCAAGUGCAGAAAAUUUCUACAUUAAUUAGCAGCAUAAAAAUUUAACUACUUCAAAUGGUUCAUAGCUAAACAACCAGUGUUUCCCCUCACAUGUACCCAUGAUCUUUCUGAACCAAUAAAUAUUACUAACCCAAUGACUAAGCUGUUCACAAAACUCUUCAGUAGAAUUAUAGAAUGUAGAUUUUACCACCCACUGAAAUGGGAUUUUUUUCCUUUAUUUACUGUAU